UUUCUGACUUGGUCAAAAUUCAGUUGGUUUCAUUUAGAAGGCUGGUGAGCUGUAUCCUUAGGAAUUGGUUGUGAGUUGGUAUCCAUCCCUUUUGCAGAUGGGAAAAAGUGUGUUGUCCUCAAGUUGGGCAUAUUUAUAUAGGCAGAUUAAAUGAAACGGUACUUAAACUGUUAUAUUAACACCUGCUAUAUUAAUGAAGAAUCUCUUGCACUAAAUUUGUUCCAAGUUUAGAAGGAUUACUCAUGAAAUAUUUUUUUCUUUUCUUUUUUUUUAAUUAUUUUAUUCUUAGUGACAGUUGCGUGGUUAAAUAAGGUCUCCUAAGAAUAACAUUCUCUAAUCUCCAAAGAUGACAGCUGUUGCAGUGCUGGAGGAGGUACUGGUUUCCAUUGAAAAUGAGCUGCAGGCAGUGGAGAUGCAGAUUCAGGAGCUUGUGGAUAAACAGCAGGAACUCAUUCAAAAGAAGAUGAGGGUAAAGAGUCUGAUAAAGCAGUCCUCAGGAGACUUGGAGGCAGGUGGAAGCAAGGACACCGAAACAUCAGCCGAGGCAUGGAACAAAAAAGAUUUUCCAUGGUAUGAGAAGAUAAAAACUGCACUACAGAGCAAGUUUAAACUCCAGAAGUUUAGGUCCUUGCAACUUGAAACAGUAAAUGCUGCAAUGGCAGGAAAGGAUAUAUUUCUUGUCAUGCCUACAGGUGGUGGAAAGAGCCUUUGCUAUCAGUUACCAGCUGUCUGUUCUGAUGGUUUCACACUUGUGAUAUGUCCUUUGAUAUCACUUAUGGAAGAUCAGCUGAUGGUUUUGGAACAGCUUGGUAUUUCUGCAACUUUAUUAAAUGCCUCAAGCAGUAAGGAACAUGUGAAGUGGGUUCAUACCGAAAUGCUAGACAGAAAUUCCCAACUGAAGCUCAUUUAUGUGACCCCAGAGAAGAUUGCAAAAAGCAAGAUGUUCAUGUCAAAGCUAGAGAAAGCUUAUCAAGCAGGCUGUCUUGCUCGCAUUGCUGUAGAUGAGGUCCAUUGCUGUAGUCAAUGGGGCCAUGACUUCAGGCCUGACUACAAGUCUCUUGGUAUCUUGAAAAGACAGUUUCCCAAUGCUCCCUUGAUUGGAUUGACAGCAACUGCUACAAAUCAUGUUUUAAAGGAUGCUCAGAAAAUUUUGCACGUUCAGAAGUGCAUUACCUUUACUGCUUCUUUCAACCGGCCCAAUCUUUACUAUGAGGUUCGGCAUAAGCCUUCAAAUAAUGAAGAUUUCAUUGAGGACAUAGUGAAGAUCAUUAAUGGAAGAUACAAAGGACUUUCAGGAAUUGUUUACUGUUUUUCUCAGAAGGAUUCUGAGCAAGUUACUGUGAGUUUGCAGAAACUGGGAAUUAAGGCGGGGACUUACCAUGCAAACAUGGAUGCUAAAUAUAAGACCAAAGUUCAUAAAGGAUGGGCAGCAAAUCAAAUCCAGGUUGUAGUGGCGACUGUUGCUUUUGGCAUGGGAAUUGAUAAACCUGAUGUAAGGUUUGUAAUUCAUCAUUCUAUGAGCAAAUCCAUGGAGAACUACUACCAAGAGAGUGGACGUGCAGGUAGAGAUGACCAAAAAGCUGACUGCAUUUUGUAUUACGGUUUUGGAGAUAUAUUCAGAAUCAGCUCAAUGGUAGUGAUGGAAAAUGUAGGGCAAGAGAAGCUGUAUGAUAUGGUGUCCUACUGCCAGAAUAUGAACAAGUGUCGCCGGGUCCUCAUAGCCCAUCAUUUUGAUGAAGUAUGGGAUUCUGAAAACUGCAACAGAAUGUGUGAUAACUGCUGUAGAGAGAACUCAUGUGAGAAAAUGGAUAUAACAGGAUACUGCAGGGAUCUAAUCAAGAUACUUGAGCAAGCGGAAAACAUGAGUGAGAAACUCACCCCACUGAAAUUAAUUGAUGCGUGGUCUGGGAAAGGUGUGUCAAAACUCAGAGUGGCUGAAGUUAUUCCACCAAAGCACCCUCGAGAGGAACUGGAGAGAAUUAUUGCCCAUUUACUGCUGCAGCAGUAUCUGAAGGAAGACUUCAGCUUCACGGCAUUUGCUACCAUAUCCUACCUGAAGAUAGGACCAAAAGCAAGUCUGCUGAAAAAUGAGGCACACGUCAUCACUAUACAAGGGAUAACAAACAAGAAAGGUGUUUACAAGGACAAACCAUCUCAAUCUUCAAAUUUGAAAGGAAGCAGAGAAAAUGCUCAGACUAUUUCAAAGACUGUCCGAGAUGCAGCAGUGAAGAAUUCACAGGAACAUAAACGGCCUAACUGUGGUUCUAACUUCAAAGCAAAGAAGCUUAAACUCCAGGCAGGUGGAGAUGACCAACCAGUAGUUCUUGACUGAGUUUCACAGACUACCUUUAGGAUCUAAUUAUGUUUGCUUCUCCAUGGACAAUGCAGUGUGUAAGUUCAGUUUGUGUUUUAGUAAUAGGUUUUUUUGUGCUUUUUUUUUUAUUAACACCCCCCCCCCAAAACCAGGGAAAAAGUAUCUUUUAAAACCCUCAAAUCUAGAAAAAGUCUAGUAGUCAAGGGAAAAAUUCUUCAUAUCAAAAUAACUAGUGCAUAUGUUAUACAGCAAUGACUACAAAAUGUGAAUAAUUAUUGUGUUGCCUUUUUAACUAUUUUGGAAGUGUAGUGUAUAGUAACACUAUUGCAGAAUCAUGCAGGCUGGAAGGGACUUCCGGAGAUCAUCUAGUCCAGCCUCCUGCUCAAAGCAGGUCCAGUUGGAACAGGGUGCUCAGGGCUAGGUCCAGUUAAUUUUUGACCGUCCCCAAGGAUGGAGAUUCCACAACCCCUCUCAGCACCUGUUCCAGCAUUUGACCACCUGCAUGACCAAAAAAAAAAGAAAAAAGGAUCUUUCGUAGAGCUAAUUGUUAUCUCCUGUGUUGCAACUUGUCUGUUGCCUCUUGUUCUAUCACUGUGUUCUUCUGAGAAGAGUCUGGCCCCAUUGCUGCUAUGCUCUUCCGCUGGGUAGUUGAAGACAACAGCAAGAUCACAACACUCACUCCACCUCCCUGUCUGUCAUCUUUUUUAACCUGGAAGAAAUUCAGUUCUCUGUUUUCUCCUCUCUAAGCCCCUGCUUCUCCUCUCUGAGCACCUAGGCAGCUUGGUAGCCCUCUGCUAGACUCAGCCCAGUGUACCAAUGUGUUUGUCUUGCUGGGAAAGGCAAAACUUAAUCCGGCACUCUAGCUGUAAUCUCACAAGUACUGAAUACGCAGAAAGAGUCAUUUCCCCCAAACUGCUGUUACAUUCUUGCUGAUAUAAUCUAGUGUGCAGUUGUUUUCUAUGCUGCAGAGGCACACUGCUGAUGCAUGUUCAGCUGGUUAGCUACUGGGAACCUGGGUCCUGUUCUGCAAAGCUACUUUCUAACCAGUCUGGCUCCAGGCUGUGCUGUUGCAUGGCAUUACUGCAUCCCAGGCUCAGGGCUUUGCUGUUGCCUUUACCUUAGAUGUCCUUGUCAGCCCAUGUGUCCAGCCUGUCUAUGUCCCUCAGAAUAGCAGCCCAGCUUGCCAGUGCACUGACAGCUCUCCCAACCUUGGUAUUGUCUGCAGACUGGCUGGAGCACGCUUAAUCCCUGUAUCCAGAUUGUUAGUGAAGACCCUAAAUUAUAUUGGCCCCAGUAUUGAUCUGUGAGCGUUGCUGCUAGUAAAUGGCCACCAGUUGGACUUCAUACUGCAGAUCCCAAUUCUUUGAACCAGGUGGUCCAGACAACUUUCCACCUAUCUUGUACAUUUAUCCAGUCUAUAUCUCACUGAUGUUUUUAGCUGUGAGGAAAUUUAUAGGUCAUAUCAAAAGCCUUGCUAAAGUCAAGGUAUACAACAUCCAUUGCUACCCCCUUAUUCACACAGGCAGUUCUCUCAGUCAGCCUGGUUGAUCAGGUAUGCUUUGCUUCUGGUAGAUCUAUGUGGCUGUUCCUAAUCACCUCCAUGUGUCUGAAAAUGUUUUCUGGGAAUAUUUGCUCCUUAAGUUUUGUGGGGGCUGAGGUGAAGCUGACUGGCAUGUACCUCCUUAGACCCUCCUUUUUGCAGAUGGGCAAGAUACUUGCCUUUUCCCAGUCAUCAGGAACUUCCCCCAGUCUCCAAGUCCUUUCAGAAGAGACAGUCUUGCACUGACCCGAGCUAGCUUCCUCAGUGCCCCUCAGUGCAGCCCAUCCACUCCUGUGGAUCUGUGUAUGGCCAGUUAGGCUUAAGUGAUCUGUAACUCCACCUUCCUCUACUGCUUUACUCCCACAGACUGUUAGUAGGCUUGGGGACCUGGGACAUCUGAGGGCAAACCUUACCAGUGAAAAUGAGGCAAAAAAUGAGUUGAGUACCUCAGUUUUUGUUAUGUCCUGUGUCACUAGCUCCUCUACCCCUGUGACCAGUGGGACCAUACUUCCCUUACCUUUCCUUUUGCUGCUCAGGUACUUACAGAGCUGCUCUUACUGCUUUUUGCAUCCUUUGCUAGUUCUGCCUCCAGCUGAGCUCUUGCAUUUCUAACUCCCUCCCUGCAUGCUCAGGCAAUAUCUCUUUGUUCUGGCUAUCUUGUACCUUCUGCCUUCUUUUUGUGUUUGAGCUAGCUGAGUUCUUCUCUGUUCACCUGUGCUGACCUUCUGCCAGCCUUGCUCUACCACAUAGGAGGUUGUGUUUUGGAAAUCAAGCAGCUCUUCUUGAGCCCAUUUGCCUUCCAGGACAGUCUUCCAAGGGUUCUGACAAGUAGAUCCCUGAACAAGCUGAAAUCUGCUCUCCUGGGGUCCAGGGUAGUGGUUCUGCUGUGUCUUCCUCACUUCUCUGUUGAGUUUAAAAUCCUGAAAUCACUUGGUCACUGAGCAACAUCUGGGAUCUGGGAACCCCAUAAGAAACAAACUUGUCAUUGCUAACCUGACUUGGAGACACUGAGGGCCUCUGUCCCCCACAGGGGGGACUCUCAUCUUCCUUUUCUUUACUCUGUCAACACUUGGCUUGGGUUUAGCUGGCAUUGAUGCAUCAUGGUGGAGCUGUCAUCCUCGUCUUUCUCAGGGCAGUAUACCUGCAACGGCAGAGCUGCAGGCGGAAAAGGAGCCUUUUUGUCUUGCUGGAAGCAAGAGGUUUCCAGCUUUCCCUCCUGUGGGAGUCUCCAUCCAUGGCUCCUGCAGGAGUAGUCUCAAGGUUUUCCCUCCUUCGCAGCAUAGGACUUGGGUGGUCCUUAGCUCUGCAGUCUCUGUGAAAAUCCUAUCACCUCCUGUUCCUCCUCCUGGCUGCUACACAGGCUGCCCACCUCCUCCUGCAGCUCCUUCACCCAGGAACUCAGCCCUGCAACCAGGGCUCUGCUCUCGCCAGCCCCAGGGAGAGACUUCGGACAUCCGGAGAGCCGGGCUGCAGCAGCGCCCUUCCUCUGGAGCUGUGUGUGGGUCAGAGCCUCUGCUGUGCCAGGGGCGGUUGUUCCAGCCCAGGUGGACAUCGCCAUCACUGCCAUUUUGAGCAGAGACAUGUGGCCCAUUUCUGCAAUGCUUACACCUACUACAGCAGAUUUGGGUACCUGAGCGUACUUUAGAGAAGAAUUUCAACAGGGCAUUGUUACAACAUUGCACUACUUCUGAUGUGUGGAGAUUUUUACGAAAUAUUGUAUGUAUUCAUGCCUUUAAAAUAUGUCUGUUGGUCUUAGAACUGGAUUUCUCUGGCUUGUUAUUAAAAUAGAAAAUUACCACUUCUGUACUUUUCAGAAGUACCUAAACUUCUAUUUAAAAACAAGACAACUUUGCUUGAUCUUGGCUCUUCCCUUUUGUAAAGUUACACUUUAAUUGGGAAAUAUAGAGGAAAAAAAAAGCCACUCAGUAAAUACUUCUCUCUCCUUUUUUCCCGCUCCUUCCCCUGUUGAAUUGGCUUAUAUUCCAGCUACAGAUCUGUAUUCUAAUUAGAAGGGAAUCCAGUUGUAUUAAGAUAUACUCUUCUGCUCUACAUGUGCUAGAACAUGGCUGCGUUGAGAAUUGCAUACUUUAAGCCCUAAAUGUGGGCUACAUUAAACUUAAUUUUGGCAGGUUUCUGAAUUCUAGUCUCUUAACUUUGCUCAUCCACCUAUCCAUUUGCUUAUGUUCCUGUCAUUUGUGGAAAUGGAAAGGAGAAAGCAGCCACGGGAGACUGUCACUUCUUGCCUGUGGCUUGAAGUAGCGCGUCUCCACCGUUUUAAAGAGCGGCCUGUCUCUCUUGCCUCACCUAUGACUCCUUUCACAUUCAUGUCUUGGUUCUGUCAAGGCAAGAGCGAGCCAGCGCUCGCUGCUGCAGAUCUUCUUACGUUACCUCGUCCUGCAAUGCCGAGCGGCUGACAGCAAUUCAGUACCCGUCUGGGUGAACACACUAAUAGUAGGGAGGAGAAAGAUGCUAAAGAUCACUCAGGAUUACAAAGUAAGAGUAGAA